GAGAGAGAGAGAGAGAGAGAGAGCACAAGCAUGAACAGGGAACAAAAAAGAAAAUUGCGGUUGCAAAGAGAGAACAUUGAAAUGUUGGCCCGGAAACUGCACCCAAGAUCUCCAUAACUAUAAUUUAGAACACGGUAAUUAAGUAAAAGGGAAUUGCACACCUAUUUUAGAAUCCAUCGCUCUUGAUGCUGAAUAAAGACGAUUUUCCCUUUAAAUCACUGGCUCAAUGAGACUGUCCCUCAGUGUUUGUUUCUUAUGUGAGAUUAUUUGUGCAUCAGGUUAGAGGAGAGACUUGAAUACUGUUUGUAGAGUUUUAAGCCACAAACGCUCUCGUCACAGGCUAAGUUUUACUCGGCCGAUACUAACCAGUCCCAUAUUAGACUAAAUAAAGAUCUUUAAAUCUUACUUUAUUAAAUUAAUCCCGUAAAAUAUUAAAGUAUAAUCUCAAUUAAUAUAGACGAUAUCAGAAAAACUCUUAUGUGAAAACAACAGAAAGUAGUUUGCAGUCUGAAGAGCAAAAUUUGAGAUCUGUUUCCGGUGUUUACAAAAGAAGAAAGUUUCCGGAACCCAACCAAACACGUUUCCUUCAUGUGUGAGAAUGAAAAGAGAAUUUGGCUAGAAUUGAGGGUGGGGUCACUGUAGCAGGGACUUUCUCUAAAGAAGUCCAAACUUUAAUUACCCUGACGCCAUUCUUCCCCCGGAAAGAGCUCGUCUCCCCUCCCAAAAUCCCCUGAGUAAACUAUCCGUGAAACUCCUGCUAGGAUUCAUGGUCUUCCUUAUUGAUACGUUAUCCUUUGAAACGCAUCUGCUUGUUCUUGUGUUGGAUACAGGGGAAAUGCCCAGAGAGACGGACCCUUUUCGGAAGCAUGUACAGGUACUGCCGAACAAAAGGUGGAAGUGUAAUUUCUGCGGGAAUCAGUAUGCCGGAGGCGCGACAAGGAUCAAGGCCCACAUAGCCGGAGUUGGAAGAUAUGGGACCAAUGACCGCAAGGACGUCAACGGUAGAGUGAGAUCGGAAGCGCAAAAAGCGUUGAAGGGUAAAGGAGUGGUGGAGUCGAGCAACGGAUCAGGAGGCAAUAGCCUUACACAGGGCCAGCAUCAACCCGAGACUUCAUCCACUGCCAUACCCUUUCUGAACCCAGAUGACAUCAGCUCUCUAGGUCUGAAUGCGGAAGAGGGAGAACCCGAUACGGAGGUUCCACAAGAUGCGAGGACACGUGAUGGCCCGCUUGAGAGUCUACCACCAUGCAGCGGCGUGGUUGUCAACAAGAAUAUGCCUCAUCUCCUAACAAAGCUGGAAGAACUAAGCAGAAGAGAAGCAGACAUGGCCAAUCUGGAGACAUGGUGGAGGAAAGUGAAUAGAAAAGGAGAAUAUUGGAGUGUAGUGCAAGCAUUUCGGCAAGGACGACCUCUUUCUACAUCACAAUUAUCCCAAGUGGAAGAAUUGAGCAAAGAAGUGGAAGAGAUUCUACUUCGUGACAGAUUCCGAAUAGAGUCGAAGACACUUGCGGGAUUUAGCAAAACAGUUGAAGUUGUCAAUAUACCACGUCCCUCUGCGCCGGACUUCGACCCGGAGCACCAAUGGACCCUGAUCGAUUUCUCCUCCCAAGAGGGCUGGACCUAUGCCAUCUUCUGGCAGUCCUCUUAUGACCACUACCCCCCACAAUCUGCCGCCUUGUCGUCACCCCCGCCGGUCCCCGUCCUUGGCUUUGGCGAUGGCUACUACAAGGGCGAGGACAAAAAGCCCAACAAAAAGGUCAAGAUCAGCACUUCUCUGCUGGGGAACAGGAACAUCGCAAGCGUGUGCUACGCGAGCUCUGUUCACUGAUCAGAGGGUCCGACCCCAACAUCGACGAGGAAGCCAACGAUGAGGAAGUCACCGACACGGAGUGGUUCUUCCUUGUGUGAAUGACACAGUCAUUCGUGAACGGCCACGGGCUUCCCGGCCAGGCCUUGCUCAGUUUGACCCCGAUUUGGGUGUCCGGAGUGGACAGGCUCGCCUGUUGUGGCUGCAAGAGGGCAAAACAGGGCAUGGAUUUCGGGCUGCAGACCAUGGUCUGCAUACCCACGAUUGGCGGGGUGGUGGAAUUGGGGUCCACGGAGUUGAUCUCCAGUGAUCAAAUCUCAUGAAUUGAUUUUCCAUAGCAAGUAGCCAGAGUCAGCAGAAUUCUUGAUAGAUAAUUGUCGUCCUCCUUCUCUCUUUAGAGGAAACGAUUCUUUCCCGUUUCAUGAUGCUAAAGAAACCUGCGUCGGUAAAUGGAUUGGGGAUUGAGCAGCUUCUGAAUCUAACUUCUUGUGAUUUAAACUUAUUGAUGGAAAUUGAUGAGCAAUUGGAGUUCUAUUGCAUAACCACAGCCAAUUUCCCUAUCGUGAAAGCAAUCGUUGAUGAAAGGUGCUGGAAGUCGAGUUCGAAUGUGCAAUUUAAGCUGGCUUUUGUUUUGAGCUAGAAAUGCGAGUGUCUAGUUUAAUCGUGAAGCAGUAAUUACUCUCUUCACAGGAGCUUUAGCUGCUUGGUUGGCAAGUGCAAUGCUUUAUCCAUAAUUAUUUUCUUAUUAUUGAUACCCUAAGAUGGUUUAAAACUGCAGUUCAUUCUUAACUGUUAUAGAUUAUAUCUUACUUGAAGAGAUUGGAAUCGAUGUUACAUGGAUGGCU